ACUUUGGGGCAGGCUGAGCUUCCAGUCGAGUUUACAAGGAGGAGAAAUAUUUGCUCCACUCGGUGAGGACGGACUUUACGGAAGCGCGGUCCGACAGAGGAGACACUCAGACUGUCAGCUCGUGUUUUAACGAACAGAUUUAAGGACCGAAACGUCAGCGGGAGACAUUUUGGCUCUGACCGUUAGCUAACUGGGAACUCUCAGCAGACAGAACACCUCUCUUCCUAUCAGCUGACUGUCCCUCGACCAAUAGGAGGCAGGCUGAGGCGGGACGUGGACGGAAGACCCCCCAAUCAGGUGUCUUACGUCAUCAGUGUGGAUGGAAACGACCAUGUUGUUCACCUGGAGAGAAAUGAACUGCUGCUUCCUGCAGACUUCACCGUGUUCUCCUACAGUGACAACGGGUCACUCAUCACAUCCAGGCCACCUGUGCAGAACCACUGUCACUACCAGGGCUUCGUUCAGGACAUGCAGGGUUCAUCUGUGGCUUUGAGCAUCUGCAACGGCCUCAGAGGAGUGUUGCAUCUCACCGACGACAGUUACGGCAUCGAGCCGCUAGACUCCGCCCCCGACCGGCACCUGGUUUACCGCCUGCAGGAUGUGACGUCGCAGCCGCGGGGAUGUGGAACGCCGCACGACCACAACAACGCCACGGAGCGCGCUCAGCGCGAACCGGAGGAAAUCCCCCACAGACGGCACAGCAGGAUGAAGCGAGCGAUUCUCCAUCAGACUCACUACGUGGAGCUGCUGCUGGUGGUCGACCACGAGAGGUACAACUACAUGAACAGGAACGAGACGGCGGUGAGGGAGGAGAUGGUUCAUCUCGCCAACUUGGUCGACAGCAUCUACAUACAGCUGAAUGUUCGGGUGGUCCUGGUGGGGCUGGAGAUCUGGUCUCAGCAGAACCUGAUCAGCACCGAAGGAGGAGCCGGAGAGGUGCUGAGUCGCUUCACCCAGUGGAGAGAGAAAGAGCUGGUGUCCCGCCGCCGCCACGACUCGGCGCAGCUCAUCCUGAAGAAGAGUUUUGGGGCAACAGCUGGGAUGGCCUUCGUCUCCACGGUCUGCUCCAGGAGCCACGGGGGCGGGAUCAACGCGUUCAACAACAACAACCUUCCCUCGUUCGCCUCCAUCGUGGCUCAUGAGCUCGGUCACAACCUCGGGAUGAACCACGACGACGGGCGCUCCUGCACCUGCCCCACCCCCGCCUGCAUCAUGAACUCAGGGGCCACAGGAUCCAGAAACUUCAGCAGCUGCAGUGCCGAUGACUUUGAGAAGAUGAUCCUGCUGACGGGGGGAACGUGUCUCCUGAACGUCCCGCGGCCUGACGAGGCCUACAGCGCCCCCUACUGUGGGAACCGGCUGGUGGACGUGGGAGAGGAGUGCGACUGCGGAUCACAGAAGGAGUGUGAGGAGGACCCCUGCUGUGAGUAUCAGACCUGUAAACUGAAGUCUGGAGCUCAGUGUGCGUACGGAGAGUGCUGCUCCAAAUGUCAGUACCAACCAGGUGGGACGGUGUGUCGGUCCAGUACAGACGAGUGCGAUCUGCCUGAGUACUGUAACGGCUCCUCGCCGCUCUGUCAGAGCGACGUCUUCGUCCAGAACGGGCAGCCCUGCAGGAACCAGCGGGCCUACUGUUAUAACGGGAAGUGCCAGCACUACGACGGGCAGUGUCAGGCCAUAUUCGGACCCAAGGCGAAGGCGGCUCCUGAAAUCUGUUUCAAAGACGUCAACAGUAAAGGAGAUCGCUUCGGCAACUGUGGUUACCACAACUUUGGCUACAAGAAGUGUGAGAGCAGAAACGCCAUGUGCGGGAAGCUGCAGUGCUCUAACGUCCAGGCGGUGACGGUGUUCGGCAUCGAGCCGUCGAUCAUCAGCACGCCGAUCACCGGAGGCAAAUGUUACGGAGUCGACUUCAUGUUGGGAUCAGACGUCCCCGAUCCAGGGAUGGUGAACGAAGGGACCAAGUGUGGAGACAACAAGGUCUGUUUGAACUAUGAGUGUCGCAGCGCUGACAUCCUGAACUACGACUGUGACGUGGAGAAGAAAUGUCACGGACACGGGGUGUGUAACAGUAACAAGAACUGUCACUGUGACGACGGCUGGGCUGCACCUUUCUGUGAGGUCAAAGGUUACGGGGGCAGCGUGGACAGCGGACCCACCUGGAACGAUAAGGACACGUCUCUCAGAGACGGCCUGCUGGUCUUCUUCUUCCUCGUUCUUCCUCUGCUCGCACUGGGUGCGUUUGUUUUCCUGCGCAGGAACGAGCUGCUGCGGCGGUUUGGGCUGAGCCGCAGGAAGAGGUCGCAGGGAUACCAGGCUGACGGCGCAGCUUCAGCCAAUCCCAGCAGAGGACCGACUCCCAGAGCGCAUCCUCCCCCCCGGAGCAACGGCAACAACAUCGUCAGAGACGGACACCACGCUCAGCUUCUGCCACCACAGGAGGUGGUGGAAACCAGCAGGACAGCUCCCCCCCACGCCACGAGGCCUCCUCCUCCUCCUCUGAAACCGAAACCUUCCGCUACAUCACAGCCUCUGGUGCCUCAAAGACCUGCCCCCGCUCCACCUGUUUAACCAGUCAGGAGGCCCUGACACCCCUCCUCCUUUUCCUCUUCUUUAUCUUCAAACUCAGUCUCCACCCACUCAGUGCUGAUUAACUGGCAACAGCUAAAAAACAAUUCUGGAGCCAGAAUGGCCCGGGGCCGAACUACGAACUGGAUCGCUACACCAGGAAACUGGACCCAGUCAGACUGGACUGGGAAUUCUCCAGAACAAACAGCAACGCACUGCGACUGACCUGAAGCAGCUAUAGUCUUUCUUUCUUUCUUACAAGUGCAGCUGGGAGACAAAACCCUACUCCCAUCAGGCGACACAUUGUCUGCUCUGUGAUCAAACCAGCCAAUCAAAUCUCCAGAACGAGUACCUGUGACGUAGCCGAGCCAAAAACCAGAUGAACUUAUCAGUACCCAACCAAAAAUUUACUCAGCAGCAUCAACUGUUUGUAUCUCUGUUGUUAAGCGUUAUUUAGCACACUGACUGGCUAACUAACAUUCGCUAGCUAACAGAAGAUACAAGAUCAUAGCAAAUGCUAGUUAGCUGCAGUGUUUCCUUAUUGUCAAACUGUUGCUAGCAUUACUGAGUAUCCACUGUGUAGUUAGUUAGCCAGUUUGUUAACUAAUGUUUAAUUUUAAAAGUUAUAAACAUGCUAAUGCCAUUUGGCCUUAUCACCAGUUGCACAGUUAUUUGUCACUGCUGAGUCAUUACCCAAUCGAAUAUUUAUUCAUCAUCAUCAACAUUGCGAACUCCAAAAACGAGUGGUAAUAAUUACCUUACUUAGAUCUUUGCUAACUUUUGCUAGCUAACAACUUUAGCAGCCUUACAAGUAAUUGAGUAAUUGUUUCGAAGCAUCUGUGUGUCCCACAUUUAAUACUAGCCCUAGCAUUAUAAAAUAUUAACUAUAUAUUAAUCUAGCCAGUUUGGUAACUCAUGUUUAACAGCUACCAGCACAACAGAGCUCACAUGUUAAUGAGCUAAUUGUGUAGCUUCACAGUCACUCCCCAAUCAAACGACCUCUGUUGUAAAGAGAUGUUUUCAUUCACCACCAACGUUUGUUACUGAACUAAUUAGUGAGCUGGCUCCUUAAAUGCUAUCUGACAAGUUAGUUAGCUACAUUAGUAGAGUGUCAGAGAGGCGCGAGCUGAGACACACUGUUCCAGUUUAACCCUACAUGCUAGCUAGUUAGCCUGCCAGAUUGCUAACAAACAUUUGCUUGCUAAGAGCAAGUUUAAAAGAUCAUGAGCUAAUUGAGGUCAUCUACAGUGUCGUCCUUCAUGCUAGUACUAUAUAAUAUUAACUAUAUAUUACUUUUAUAUUAUUAUUACUGUCACUGGGUCCUUCAGACUGGAGACAAAAGCAACUUCUCUUCUUUAACUGAUGACCAUUGAUUUUACUACAAUGACAGCUGUCUAGCAACUAGCUAGCUAAAUAAAUACAACACUACUCGCGUCAUUCUCUCUGCGCCGUAAUUAAUAGCUGUGGCACAAUUAAAACAUGCCAAAUCAACGUCGACUGGUGGACCGUUUUCUAUCAGCGCAGUGCAUGAUGGUAUAUACCGCUUGGUUAUUAACCAUAGGUUGUACACUACAUUCUCAGACCGUUUUCAUCUCAGGGCGUCCAGUACCAAUGCUUGCAGAAAAAGUGACUGGGGCGUCUUGUACAGACCAGAAGUACUAGCUAGCCAGUGCUAGCUAGCUAGCUAUGUUUGUGUUAAAGGUGUUGACAGCCCCCCAAAGCCCCAUACCCUUAACCACAACCAUCAGAAAUGUUAGUACCUAACCAAGCGGGAAGCUUCCGGUCAGCAAUAUG